AUGAGUGCUGACCCGGAUUACAACGUGGAUACAGAGGAAGAUAUCUCCUUUGGCAUCUCACUUGUUCCAAAAGGAGAAGAAGGGAAUGAAUUCCAUACGCAAAACGAUCCGCUAGAUCCCUACCAGCGCGAGAACAUCAUUGAGCGCAAAGGCGCCGUGGACAUUCGAUGCUCCAGUGUCGACAUUGUUCACGGCCUAUUUGAUCCCGAUGGCGAUGAUCUGUGCACUCUGAUUGUUCUCGACUUUCGAUUUGACCCAAGAAAACGAGCGCGGCGCAUCGCACAUGUCGAUAUUGAGCUGAGGUUUUCCGCCAGUGAGAAAGGCGUAGCCGAUCCUCAGGUUUUUACCAUCGCGCCAAACGGCAACUUGAGAUUUUCUCAGACGACGCAGACAGAGACAAAAACUACUGGAGGCGAUGUGACCAUCGGAGCAGGCGCCGCUGGAGUGCAGGUAGGCAGCGGGCUGAAGUAUGAGCGUGAAAUUGCAAGAGAGAUGAGCUACGCUGGGUCCGCCACAGGCUCCAUCGAUUUACGCGGAAGAAACUAUGGCAAGCCAAACUGCGCGUCUUGGACCCUGUUGGAGAACCCUGAGACAAAGACUGGUGUGCCUGUCUUCAUGCGAACCGCCAUCCUGCUGAAGAGAAGAGACGAGGGACGUUUCCAGUGCGUGGUGACAGUCAACGCCAAAGCCGACUGGAGAACUUCUAUGGAAUGGCUCGUCGGCACCACCAAACAUGAUGAUCCGGUACUACUUGACCCGACGCUGGCUCCGACGAGUGAUAGGUACAAGGACAUGGAGAUGAAGCUUGGGGAACUAGAUCUAAACACUAUCUGCGAUAUCACCUCGGCCAACAUCAUCGAGAACUCUGUUAAGCAAAUUAAGAUAGGUAGUCAUAGCUCCUGA